ACUAUCUUCCGGCCCUCCUCGUUGUGGCUCACCGCUCGGAUUGUCACCUUGUCCUUCUUGCCGUCGAUGGGUUUCAUCGUGAUUAACUGUGAUUCGCGAGUUUUCUUGUUUUGUUUGAGUGAGUGAGUGAGAUGGGAGUCGUUUCGUAGUGGGUGUAUAUAUGGAGGAACAGGGUUCGGAUAACACUGGAAGGUGCUGGAACAGGCGAAGCUUCGAGUUUUUGCCAUGUGGUGCUGUAGAAGAUUCCCACGUUGUGUUACAUUCUUCUGUGGUGAUGAACGCCUUUUUUACCUUGGAAUCUGUACUCCAGCUGAUCUUAACAAUGAUAACAAAGAAACAGGAAGUGACUCUGGCCUUUCACUAGAGAAGCUAAGUCUCCAACCACGAAAGAAGCUUCUUGUUCUCAGUCUCAUUGGGCUUCUACUCUACCUGGUUUACAGGAAAAACAAGGCUAAAUUUCCAACUACUCGAGAUCCUGAUGCCAGAUUUUCAAGUCAACUGGUUUUCAAAAGACCUUUUGCUGCAGAGUUUGUGGAAUUCUGCCUUGAACGAUUUGAAGUGGCAGUAUGGUCUUCAACGUGUGAAUUAGGUCAGUCUCAAUGUACAGAUUCUGGGUUCAAGUCCUUGGAGAAAAGAAUGAAGCCGCUAUUUUUCAAAGAACUGAAGAAAGUGUGGUAUCAUUUCGGCGGAAAGUAUUCUGAAUGGGAUACUUUGUUGAAUGAUCAACCUUACAAGACUCUACUCAAUCCUGCUCACAUAGGGAUUUUUCUGGAAUCCUACAAUCCUGACCUUGCUAGUGAUAAUUUAUUGGUAAAUCCAAAUGGACAGUUAGGGUUGUAUUUGGAUGGCCUUGCGGCUGCGACCAAUGCUCAAGUUUAUGUGAAGGAGAACCCUAUUGGACUGCCUGCAAUUUCAACAGACCAUCCUGAUUGGAAUUUCUACUCUGAAGUCCUUCGAGGGAUUAAGGGAGAAAGUGAGGAAAAGAUUACGUUCCAGCAACAAGAGUCUUGA